UUCACUGUGUUUUGUGUUCGGUGCUGUUUCAGCUGAUUCUGUAUUUUUAUGCUUGUGUUUUUGUUACAUUAUUCUCAGAUGAUAAUGACUGUUUUAAAGUAAAGUACGAACUACUUUCAAUUUUUAUUGUAACGUUUAACCAAUAACAAUAUUUAUUGUAAUUGAGCUCAUGUGUAUCAUAUAUGAGAACAGACAAAAGGCAAAUGUACAAUAUAAUUGAUGGACAUUAUUGUCUUUCAGAGAUGAGGAUUGUAAUGUUGGGAAAAAAAGGAGUUGGUAAAAGCAGCGUGGCGAACACCAUAUUAGGAGAGGACGUGUUCCAGAUCGGCCGCACUGCCAACUCUGAAACAAGUGAAUGUCGAUCAGAAACCAGAUGUGUUGAUGGAAGAGACGUCACCUUGAUCGACAUGCCUGGUUUGUUCGACACGGAUCGACCUGAAGAGGAGCUGAAGGCUGAAAUAGUGAAGUGCAUCACAGAGUUCUCUCCUGGGCCUCAUGCUUUUCUCAUAGUGUUUAAGGUGGAGAGAUUCACAGAUCAGGAACAGGAAGUGAUCAAUAAAAUCAACCAAUACUUCUCUGAAGAAGCUUUCAAGUAUGCAACAGUCCUCUUUACUUAUGGUGACCAGCUGGAUGAAGGACAGACCAUUGAGCAAUAUUUCCACAACAAUCAUCUUGUUAGUGAUCUGAUGAAGAAGUGUGGAGGCCGCUGCCACGUCGUUGAUAACAAAUACUGGAAGAGCAACCAGCCGUAUGAGUACAGGAGCAACCAGUUCCAAGUGAAGCAGCUGAUGAAGACCAUCGAUCACAUGAUUGAAGCAAACAAGGGAAGCUGCUACACCAACGAGAUGCUACAAGCUGUGGAGAAACUGAGACAAGAGGAGGAGGAAAAGAUCAGACAGUCACCAGGAAACAAGACAGAGGAUGAGAUCAGAGAGGAGGCUAAAAAGAGAGUAUUUGGACAGUGUGGAAUCUUAUGAACAAACUGACAACCCGGUUCAUAAAUUAAAUUAAUUAAUAAAAUGCAUUUAUUGUAGACUAGGAUAAAGCUAUAAUUCUGAAACUCUUUAUCAAAUACCUUUUUAUUACAACUCGAUUCGAACGUCGAGUUUCUUCAUUUUUGAACACAACAAAUGCUUUGAUUUGGCGAGUAUUGCAACAGGUGUUUUGUUAGGAGUCCUUUUCUCUUUUCUUGCGGCGUCCUGGUGGUUGUAGGAGGUAUCAAAGUUUUACAGCAAUCCCUGUCUCAAGAAAAAGUCCAAAGAGUUUCAGCAGCAGGAGCAGCUGGAAUACCAGCAGGCUCAAUGAUGGCCUGAGGAGAAGCAAUCAAGGGAAGUUUUAAAGGAUAGGAUGCCACUAAGGAAGCAGACACACCAAGUGAAGCAGCAAAGAGGGAAGCAAAAGCUGUCUUUAAUUAAUAACCACAAAUGUGAAUAACAGCCUUUAAUUGGCCCUGAUUCUUAAAGAUGGGAGUGUGUCAUUAAAGAUGUCCCACCUUCCUUUAAAAAACAUGGAAUUCUUGACCAUUGAGAAGCGUGUUGCAACAGCUACAGGGCAAAGUGCUUCCUAACUAAAUAAAAGUUCAAUCUUUUCCUA